AUGGCAGAGCAGCUUUCUCCGGGAAAGACGACAGACCAGGUGUGUACCUUCUUCUUCAAAAAGCCUGGUAGACAAAAAGGGGCUGCGGGCUGCAGAAAGCGCCCCGUCUGCAACCGGGAGUCUGGAGAUGGCAGCAGCAGCAGCAGCAGUGACGAAGGCAGCACAGUGGUUCGCCCAGAAAACAAGCGGGUGAUCCACAAUCCGAUGAUACAGAAGACCCAUGGUGGUGGUAAACAGAAGGUGGCUGCUCUGUUGAGCAGCAAGGAGGAGGAGACCGAGCCCCAGAGCCUUGGCAUGGUGUACAAGUCCACCCGCUCAGCAAAGCCUGUGGGACCAGAGGAUAUGGGGGCAACUGCAGUCUACGAGCUAGACACAGAGAAGGAGCGUGACGCACAAGCCAUCUUUGAGCGCAGCCAGAAGAUCCAGGAAAAGCUAAGGGGCAAGGAAGAUGACAAGAUCUAUCGGGGGAUCAAUAAUUAUAAGAAAUACAUGAAGCCCAAGGAUACGUCUAUGGGCAAUGCUUCCUCCGGGAUGGUGAGGAAGGGCCCCAUCCGAGCUCCCGAGCAUCUUCGUGCCACUGUGCGCUGGGAUUACCAGCCCGACAUUUGUAAGGACUACAAGGAGACUGGCUUUUGUGGCUUUGGAGACAGCUGCAAGUUCCUCCAUGACCGUUCAGAUUACAAGCAUGGGUGGCAGAUCGAACGUGAGCUUGAUGAGGGUUGCUAUGGUGUCUAUGAGGAUGAAAACUAUGAAGUGGCAAGCGAUGAGGAGGAGAUACCAUUCAAGUGUUUCAUUUGUCGCCAGACCUUCCAGAAUCCAGUUGUCACCAAGUGCAGGCAUUAUUUCUGCGAGAGCUGUGCACUGCAGCAUUUCCGCACCACCCCUCGCUGCUAUGUCUGUGACCAGCAGACCAACGGUGUCUUCAAUCCAGCGAAAGAAUUAAUUGCUAAGUUGGAGAAGCAUCGACCUGCAGAAGAGGGUGGUGCUUCCAACUUCCCAGAAGAUCUAGAUGAGAGUCGAAUCCCCAUUACUUAGUUUUCCCAUUAUUCUCAUACCUCAAAAUAAAUAUUUUGUGCUAAGCAACGGAUUUGAAAAUGAGUACAGUAAGAGGGUAGGAAAAAAAAGAGGCCGAGGGACAUGCUAACCAUACUCUUGAAUCAGAACCUUUGCAGUUGCUGUUCCCUGUGUUUCUGGGACACUUCACCCUCAGAAUUCUAUAUGACUCACUCCCUCACGUUCUCCUGGUAUCCAUGCAAAUGUCAUCCAUUUAAGUGAGGACCUCACUGACUGCCUUAUUUAAAAUAGCAACACCAAUCCUGUCCCUAUCACUGUCUAUCCUCCUUCCUCUGUUUUUUCUUCAUAGAAUUUAUCACUGUCUGGUAUAUAUUUACUUGUUAUUUGCUUGUUUCUCUCUCUUCUCACUAGAACAUAAGCCCUAUAAAGAAUUUUGUUCCCGUUUCACUGCUGUGAUCACAAAAUAUCUCCCACCCCAACCCUGCAAAUACUUGACACACAGUAGGUUCUCAAUAUAUUUUUUAAAUGAACGAAUGAAAGAACAAACCAGAAAAAAGAGAUAAAAGGGAACAGCUAACGAAGUAGGAGGAAAACCUGGAGGUAUCUCAGAGGCUAAAACAAAAAAAAGGUUUGGAAAUGGAAUAUGGUCUAAUAUGUUAAAUGCUGCAGAAGGGUCCAGGAAGAUGAUAAAGCAACAAAUGCAUUACAUUUGGCAUUAUGAGAGUAACUGAUGUUGACAAGAGCAGUUUCAGUAUAGUGGUUAGGACAGGAGUCAGAAUUAUUAAGGGUGAGGCGAUACUAGGAGAUAAGGAAGUGGAAAUAGAGGCAGUAGGUAACGAAUUUGAGAAGCUGCUGUGAAGAAAAGUACGGUAUAAGGCAGUUCAUAAAGAGGAAUAUGAGGUGAAGGAAGGGUGUAUUAUUUGCUCUGGAUUUUUAGUGGGGUAUUGAUUAUCUCCUGCCACAAUAUUGCUGGUUAACAAACAACCAUAAAACCUUAGUGGCAUUCGAUAAUACGCAAUUUUUAUUUCCCUGGCGUGGUUAGCUAGGUGGCUUUGCUUUACGUCUGGAAUUUGGCUCAUGUAGGCUGGCUUCAGCUGGGAUUACUUAAGUAUGUUCCACGUGUCUCUCAUCCUCCACCAGCCUAGUCCAGGCAUGUUCUCCUCGUGACACUGAGCCACAAUACCUAAGUGGAAAUGGGCAAGUUCUCUUGCCAGUUCAGAACCAGGACACUGUCACUUUGUCUUCAUUCUCCUGACUAAAGCAAGCAAGAGGCCAGCUAGAUUCAAAGGAGAAGUAGUCCAGUUACUAUUGCUCUGAUGCAAACUGCCCUAAAACUUAGCAAUGAAAAAUAACCAUUUUAUUAUCCUUAACAAUGUCUUUGGGUCAGGAACUCAGACAGGGCACAGUAGGGUUGGCUUUCCUCUGCCCCAUGAUGUCUGAAACCUCAGUUGGUGAGAUUCAAAGACUAGGGACUGGAAUCAUCUGGAGGCAUCUUUACUUGUGUUUGAUAGUGAUACUGGUUGUCAACUAGGACUACAGCUGGAGCUCUUGGCUGGAACACUAGCAUGUGUCCUCUCCAUGUGGGUUAGACUUUCUCACACCAUAACAGAAUUAAUUGCUUCUUUCAUGGCAGCUCAGAACUCUGAAGGCUGAUAACCCAGUGUGUAAAGCAUGAAGCAGGUCUUCUUUUAUUACCUGGUCUCAGAAGUCAAGCAGUGUCCCUUCUGAUGCAUUCUGCUGGCCACAAACCAAUUCUCAAGCCUUCUCCAGAUUUAAGGAGAGGAGGAUUAUACCCUACCACUUAAUGGAGGAGUGGUAAAUUUAGGAAUGGAUGCAGACACAUUUAUGAGUGGGAGGGGGAAGAAGAAAGAUGCAGUAGUUUACUUUCUAAUAUUAGUUGUACUUCAUUCGGUGUUGCUUGACCCUGUGUAUUCAUUCUACCUGAGAGCAGCCAACACAGACCAGAAGGUUCUUCACCCUACACGGAAAGAAAAUGUAUUUUUAACCUGAGACUGGAGCUCCCAGGAUAAAGAGUUUAUCCAAAUUGACUCCACCUACUCGAUUUUGAAGUUAAGUCCCUGAAGAUUCUUGGGCAUGGCUGCUGAAAAAGCUGCUUUACAUUUAAAAGUCUCAACGGAGAGUAUAAAAGCAAGUAUCAGCAGUCAUGUAUUAUAGGAGUUGGUUCUCAGUGUUUGACUCAGUGAUGCCCAGGGCCUUCUCCUGAGACAUUUCUAGGGUGGCUUUGGUGUCCAGAAACUUCAGUGCAGCAACGCUUUACAGACCAUGCUGAUUGCAGAUUAAUUUUGCGAAAACCUAUAAGAUAUUUCAGGUCUUUGAGUUAUUUGAGUAUUCAAUUUAAUUUUAGCCACAGAUGUUUAUAUAGGAUUUCUCUUAUGAUUUCAUUUGAUAUAUUUAAUUGUAAUGUGCCAUUAUUUCAAAUCACAUUUUGGAGAUGUUAAACCUAAACAUGUGGGAAAUAAAUGAAACUUUUAAAAGUAGAUUCUGCUUUUCUUUGUGGGUUUUCUGGGCUAAAGCAUUGAAAAUAAGCUGACAUCUGUUGUAAAUUUAUGCUAUAUACUUCUGGUCUCUAAAACCAUAUACAACUUUAUACAAUACAAUAAAUGCAAUGCAAUGAAA